UGUCUUAGCAACACCAAACAAAAACUAUAAGCCGCUUGGUCCCAGAAAAAUCAGAAAUAGUGAAAUAGAAAAACUUGUAAAUGAAAAAAGGCGUGCAAGACGCGAAUGGCAGAUAAGGGGAUCGCCCUUCCACUCAGCUUCAAUUGAAUUCUGCUGCACGUAAAUUAAAAAAAAAGCGCUGAAACAUGAAGAAGAAUUCAACACCGAAAUGUAUAUAAAGAAGCUGUGUCCAAAUUCUAACAAGCAAAACUGCGUUUGGAAAGCCCAAAAGUCCAUGAAGCCACCAAGUGACUCCAACAUGCCUAUACGAGACUUGGGUGGAAAUUGGGCUCGAAGUGACGAGGAAAAGGCAAAUUGUUUUGCAAAUCACCUCAAAAAGGUAUUUCAACCCAAUUUGCCAAAGAACAACUUUAAGCUGUCAGUCUUACCCAACACAGCUAAAGAGUCGAUCGAGUCUUUUAAGACUUCACCUUCUAAAAUUUUUGGAAUCAUCAAAGAACUUAAUCUAAAAAAGUCGCCGGGACAUGAUAAUAUUUCCCAAAAAAUGCUAAUUGAGUUACCAAUUAUUGCCGUAGAGGUGCUCUGUUUGCUCUUCAAUCCAAUUCUUAGUGUCGGAUACUAUCCAAUUUCAUAAAAAAGGUCGCAGAUUAUCUUGAUAGAUAAACCUGGGAAAGACAACACAGCCGUCUUCAUACAGACCAAUCAGUCUUCUACCCUGUCUUUCUAAAGUAUUUGAAAAAGUAUUACUAUCAAAAAUGUCUCUUUUCCUCCACGUGAAUAAUACAAUAGCAAUGCAUCAAUUUGGAUUUCAUGCGAAACAUGGCGCAAUAUAGCAAUUAAAUAGAAUUACUAACGAAAUAAGGAAAGCAUUUGAGCACAGGGAGUACUGUUCAGCAAUAUUUCUAGAUGUAGCUCAGGCGUUUAAUAAGGUGUGGCACGAAGGCAUUUUAUAUAAGAUUAAAAAAAUUCUGCUUUUAGAAUUGUAUAAAAUAUAUAUAAAAUUGACUCCAAUAGUCUUAUUUAAAUAAUAGACAUAUUAUGGUUAAAGUAGGAGAAUUCAUAUCUGAUGAAAGACAGAUAAGGGCUGGUGUAACACAGGGCAGCGUUUUAGGCCCAACUCUAUACAUCAUAUAUACAGCAGAUCUUCCAACAACUAACCGGAGAAUUGAAGUUCUGUCGAAGAGUGGCUAGCGAACUGGCGUAUAAAUGUGAAUGAACAGAAGUGUAAGUAUGUUACAUUUUUGCUUAGACCAAAAAUGUGCCCGGCAGUAAAAAUAAACAACAUUUUAGUACCCCAAGCGAACGAUGGUGUUUACCUAUAUAGAAGGCUCAGGUGGAGAAAACACAUCUCUAGUAAAAUAACAUGUAAAAGAUUGGAGCAAAUUUAAAUUGGCUUUUAAAUAAAAACUCUAAACUUAGCAUAGACAACAAAGUGCAUUUAUAUAAUGCGGUCAUAAGGUCGAUUUGGAUAUAUGGCAUUCAACUGUGGGGUACGACCUGUGCAACUAAUAUUGAUAUAAUACAAAGGUUCCAAUCAAAAAUGCUUAGAUCAAUCACGUGUUCAUUCUGGUACACGCGUAAUGAAAAUAUCCAUAAAGUCCUUGGUAUUUCUAUGGUAAGGAAGGAAGUAGAAGACAGCAGAAUUAAAUAUACAGGCAUGUUCUGGAAAUCGCACGAUUUAAAUUCGGUACCGAAUUUGAAAAUCGCGUGAAUUCGGUAACAGUGUUCCAUAAUUCGCGCGAAUUGGCUUAAAUUCGAAAUCAACUACGAAACAGCUGAUUGAGUAUUGACAAAUAAAAUUUGUAUCAAAUAAUUUUACAAAAUGAGCUUAUUUACCAUUGCUGCAUAUUUAUUGACAAAAAAUGAAUGGGAAAAAAAUGAGAAAGUUCGGCGGCGAAUUUUAAGGGAUCAUUCCAAUCCCUUGGAUAUCCCAGAUUCCGUUUUUGUUGCCUAUUACAGGAUAAGUAAAGAAGCGUUUCUUGGAAUUGUUCGUGAUGUCCAACCAUUCAUAAAUCCGUCAUUUAUUACGAUUGAAAUAAAGCUUGCUACUACUUUGAGGUACCUUGCAGAGGGAGGAUUCCAGCGCUCGGUAAGAAAAGACACCGACAUAUCCCUUGCAAGAAGUACCGUGUCCAAAGUCUUACAUGAGGUGCUAAAUGAAUUAGAAAAAGCACUGUGUCCAAACUGGAUUAAACUACAAAUGAGCGAAGAAGAAAUUAAAAUGUCGAAAGCACAUUUUUUCAACAAUUUUUGUAUUCCCGGAAUAAUCGGUUGUGUGGACGGGACACACAUAAAAAUUACGAAGCCCCACCAAAAUGAGCAUCUGUUUUUUAACAGAAAGGGUUACUUCAGCGUUAAUGCGAUGAUGAUUUGCGAUUACAGAAUGCGUAUAACGGCUGUGGAUGCAUGCCACCCUGGCUCCAGUCAUGACGCCUUUAUAUUUUCUUUAAGUGCUGCCAAACAAUAUCUUUCAUCCAGGUAUGUGGGCGGAGACCAUAGAUCUUGGCUACUAGGAGAUUCAGGAUAUGGCUUGGAACCAUAUUUACUUACCCCUUAUCGUCAUGCAAACGCUGGGUCACCACAGCACAAAUUCAAUUUACAACACUCCAAGGCAAGAAAUAUCGUUGAGAGAGUAAUCGGAGUCCUCAAGAGCCGCUUUAAAUGUCUUCAAACAACUAUGCCAUAUGUCCCAGAGAAAGUUGUACAAAUGAUAAAUAUAUGCAGUGCUUUGCACAACAUUUGUCGCCAUUACAGCCUGGAUGUCUUUGCUUUAGAUGUAGUGGACGAUUUUCUGGACGAAGAAGUUGCUGAUUAUAGCAGCCAUCUACAAACUGCCGCUGUAUCCAUUCGAGAUGAAAUCGCAAAUAACUUAACGCGUAUAGUUUAAUUUUCAUAUUUUUUUAUUCAAUAAAAAACAA